GAUGCGAUGGCAGUUGGCAAUUAUGUGGCUCUACGUCUCGGCGUUUGCAACACCUGUUAUAAAGUGGCGCCGUCAAAUAGUGACGCCGAAGCAAUUGAUGGCUCCACCUUUGUCACCCAUAUCACAGGACAAAGUGGUGGUCACCCCGCAGAAGCUUCGAGAAGUGGCUGACUUAAAGGCCAUGAUCCAAAAGGCCGUCGACGAGAACUCUUACGUGGUGGCCGCUGCUCCAUCACAGGAUAUACCAGUUGUUAUACUAAAAAAAAGUGUGUGGAAACUAGGACUAUACCUUCCCAUUGUCUCCAAGAUCUCGACGAUCAUACGAACGAACUGGCGACCAAACAAACAAACGAUCAUGGCAAGAUCAACGUCCAAGUGUUUGUGAUAAUGUUGUUAUAUGGCUUAAAGGAUCGGAAACGCUUUCUUGAAUAUAUUAUAACAUUUUACUCUAGGAGUAACGGAAUGGAAAUGACUUGGUAUAAAAUGUACAAAGUGUUUAUAACUGUCACUUUGUUAGUCGCCAUGUUUCUAGAUUUCUUUUACUAACUAAUUGUAUAAUUUUAUUAUUACCACGUUUUACCAGGAUUUUCUGGCAACACUGGGUGGAAAUUGGGGAGCACCUUUAUCCUUGCCUUAUUCCUGGACUCCGCCAGCCUUUAAUCUUACCAUACUUUGGCCUGGAUUCGGCUAACAACAUGCAACAGCAUUGAUAACAGUUGUAGUAUUAGUCCGCAUUAAUGGUCGAAAAGGUGCGGAAAUCGCAUAAGCUUCGAACCGCGCCUCUUAAUGUACUGUAAAGCGAGAGAUCAAAAGGAGGUGAUUAAUUAAACAAAACUCAACAGUAACUAGCAAUUGUUAAGCUUUUAUUGUUCAUUCAAUCGACAUAAAAUCGGGGAGAAACUACAGAACGGCGGUAUGGCUUAGCGAAUAUCUGUUGCCUUUUGUGUCACGAAUUGAUUAUGAAUCUUUGUCCUGUACAAAAAAACAUCUUAAACCACUACCUAAUAAAUAGAUUUAGCUAUAUAUGUAAGGUACCGUGAUCAUGAAAAAGCUCUAAAAUAUAUGUUUAACAUAAUUUAAUAGAUUUGUGUGUGUGUGUGGAAUAGCAACUGAAAAUAAAUUGCAUUUCAUAUGUUAA